UAGUAGUAGUAUUUUAUUUUUCCUCUCUCCAGCAGUCCAACUGCCUGUGAAAUUUUCAUGCUCCAAUAUAAAAUGCUCUAACGCGCAUAAAUUUCUCCACGUUAUUUUUGGCCGGCGUCAGCAUCUAACAUUUUCAGUUGACCGGUGGAUGGGUGGACUUUGAACCGAUCGUCGUCGGAAUUGUAGCCGUUAAUGGGGCAUUGCUGCACCAAAAGUGUUUCAGUCUCAGUCCACAAGGUCGACGAUCCCGUCGCCUCCUUCGACGGUGAUCCCUCCGCCACUGCCACUUCCGCCGGUGACUCGGCUGCAGCAGACCGCCGCCGGAAGCCCAGGCCAGCAGUAUCUCCGGGCCCACCAUCGGCCAACGGUCACUCCAAUAAGAGCACUCCAGCUCAUUCCUUUGCCGCCAGCCCAUGGCAGAGUCCUUACCCGGCAGGCGUUCGGCCUUCGCCGUCGCCGGCGAGAACUCCCGGGAGGAAGUUCAGGUGGCCCUUCCCCCCUCCUUCGCCGGCGAAGCCCAUCAUGUCCGCGAUUCUAAAGCGACAAGGGGCGCCGGCGAAGCCGAAUGAGGGGCCGAUACCUGAGCAUGACGGCGGCGGAGCAGCAGACAAUGAAGGUGAGAGGCCACUGGACAAGAGCUUUGGGUAUCCCAAGAAUUUCGGUGCCAAGUAUGAACUGGGAAAAGAAGUGGGGCGUGGACAUUUUGGACAUACAUGUUGGGCCAAAGGGAAAAAGGGAGAGCUCAAGAAUCAGGCAGUAGCUGUGAAGAUCAUUGCCAAAGCUAAGAUGACUACCGCAAUAUCGAUUGAAGAUGUCCGUAGGGAGGUAAAGAUAUUGAAAGCCUUGUCUGGACAUAAGAAUCUGGUCCAAUUUCAUGAAGCAUUUGAGGAUGCCCAGAACGUCUACAUAGUUAUGGAAUUGUGUGAAGGUGGUGAACUUCUUGACAGAAUUUUGUCAAGAGGCGGAAGAUAUACAGAAAGGGAUGCUAAGAGUAUCAUUGUACAGAUAUUGAGCAUUGUUGCCUUUUGCCACCUUCAAGGUGUUGUGCAUCGUGAUCUUAAGCCAGAGAAUUUUCUUUUUUCCACGCGGGGUGAGGAUGCUUCAUUGAAGAUUAUAGAUUUUGGUCUGUCUGACUUUAUUAGGCCUGACCAGCGCCUCAAUGACAUUGUUGGCAGUGCUUAUUAUGUUGCUCCAGAAGUACUUCAUCGAUCUUACAGUGUUGAGGGAGAUAUAUGGAGCGUUGGUGUGAUAACAUAUAUCUUAUUAUGUGGAAGCAGACCUUUCUGGGCUCGUACUGAAUCGGGAAUUUUUCGUUCUGUGCUUCGAGCUGAUCCUAACUUUGAUGACUCACCUUGGCCUACAGUGUCAGCAGAAGCUAAAGAUUUUGUGAAAAGGCUUUUGAACAAGGAUCACAGGAAAAGAAUGACUGCUGCCCAAGCACUGACUCACCCAUGGUUAAGGGACCAAGAUUGUGCUGUGACACUCGAUAUAUUGAUCUACAAGCUAGUCAAGUCAUAUGUUCGAGCCACACCUUUAAAGCGUGCGGCACUUAAGGCUCUUUCUAAAGCUUUAACGGAGGACGAGCUGAUCUACUUAAGGGCUCAGUUUAAACUUCUAGAACCUCAAGAUGGUUUUGUAUCCCUUCAAAAUUUUAGAACAGCUCUUAUGAAAAAUGCAUCCGAUGCCAUGAUAGAAUCAAGGGUUCCUGAAAUUUUGAAUUUGUUGGAACCCUUAUCCCACAAAAGCCUAGAGUUUGAAGAGUUUUGUGCCGCUGCAAUUAGCGUAUAUCAGCUGGAGGCUCUUGAAAAAUGGGAGCAUAUUGCCAGUACAGCCUUUGAGAAAUUUGAACUUGAAGGCAAUCGUGUAACUUCAGCGGAGGAAAUAGCUAAGGAAAUGAAUGUGGGCCCCGCAGCUCACUCCUUGCUUAAGGACUGGAUAAGAGAGUCGGAUGGAAAACUCAGUUUUCUUGGUUAUACAAAGUUUUUGCAUGGUGUUACCCUACGCAAUUCGAACCUAAGACAUCACCAGUAGUGAACCCGUUACAGGAUGCAUGUUGUUUGCAGGUGAAAAAUACUUGUAGAACUGUUAGAUACCUAUGUUAAUUCUUUGUUCUUUUCCCCCCAUCUCCCAGUUAAAGAUUUGCAGAACUGAUGUAGAAAGGAUCAGAAAGUGUGCUUGGUUAUGUACUAAUAUCAGGCUUUGCAUGUUGGAGCAUGGAGGUGCAGUAAGUGUAGGAGUCGGGUGCAAAUAGCAUUUCUUGUUUGGAGUAGGAAAAGAAAGAAGGUUGUAAUCCAGUUUUACAACUCUUGGGUUUCUUCAGAAAAAGAAAAAGAAUGGAUGUGAUUGCUUAUUUUUGCCUGUACACGGACAAAUGCCGGUCUACCUAAUGUUUGUUUACUUCUUCUGUCUCUAAUUACAGGCAAAAGAUGAUGUAAAACCUAUUUGACUACUUGUUAGACGACAUGCAUCAGAACUCAAACUCAUUUGAUAUACA